UGGACUAGUUUGAUGGAUGGCCAGCGGACUCGGGGAACCGUUUUGUGCACAACAUUUCUUGUCACAUGGCAUACGCAAUGAGCUAAUAAAAAGUUUGCUCAUUGAGAGGAGUAGCCACGUUGUCACAGGAGCAGCACGCUUCGCCGGCCCGCCCCGUGUGUCAACCUUUGGGACGCACCUGCAAGAAGUUGCCCCGCCCUCAGAUCGGAGGGUGAAGUUUUUACCGGUGAAACUCCGAGCAAACUUCUAUAUUGGUGUAGAGAUAUGAUGUAAACAGCACCUAUUAUAUUCUUCAAGGGUAUCGUCACCUCAACACGACUUGAUGGAGGUGAAUGGAGUGUAUGCGGAGGUGUUUGAGGGGGGCUCACUGGUUUCCGACGACCUGUCGUGUCAUGGCUCCACUCUCUCCCUCACGCCUCUCCUCCCCCACUCCACCAAACCGCUACGGCGCUCGGGAGCCCAGGAUGUCCCUCACAGAUUGAAAAAGGAAAGCAAAGCCGUUCAGGUCCCCAGCAUCCCCAACCCCUUCCCCGAGCUCUGCAGCCCAUCACAGUCCCCCAAGAUAACAUCUCCACUGGGGAAAGGGGAUCAGUCUGAUCGAAACAUUCGUGUAUACGGGGAGGAUUCCAUGAGCCGGGCAUUGUGCGUGUCGCCGGGGGCAACAGCACGGGACGUGUGUCACCUCCUGGUGGUGGCAGCCCACUGCAGCGACGAGGAGACCUGGGCCCUCGUGGAACUACAGCCACUCUUAGGCCUCGAGCGAUGCCUGGAAGACCACGAGCGAGUAAUAGAUAUUCAGUCAACCUGGCCUAAAGACUGUGGUGCCAAAUUUAUUUUCCGGAAGAACUAUGCCAAAUAUGAGUUCUUCAAGAAGCCCAUGCUGUUCUUCCCUGAAAGCAUGACCUCAGACAGCGCUGGAGUCUCAAAGGGUGUGUCUUCCUCUGAACUUCUGCAGAGCAAGCUUCAGGAAGGCUCGUGUCCCGAUAUCCAAGGCUUCCUGCAUGUGAGGGAGGCGGGCCGCAAGGCCUGGAAGAGGGUGUACUACUUCCUGCGGCGCUCCGGCUUCUACUGCUCCACCAAAGGAUCCUCAAAGGAGCCUCGACAUCUCCAAUAUGUGGCAGACCUGGAAGACCUGAACGUGUAUGCUGUGACCCAAGGGCUCAAGGCCUACGCAGCACCCAACGAACACAUUUUCAGUGUUAAGUCCUGCACUGAGGGGAACAUUAAGCUGUUCUGUGCUGAGGAUGAGCAGACUAAAACCUGCUGGAUAACUGCCUUCAGACUAUUCAAGUAUGGGAAGCAACUCCUCUGUAACUACAAACUCUCUGAGCAACAGUCCAGCCUGAGCCAGCAGCACCACCAACACAAGGCUUCCCCACGCGAUGCUAAGGUGCGAGGGGAUGAUGAGGACUCACUGGUUGCCAUGGAUUUCACAGGGAAGAGUGGUGGCCGUGUCAUUAAAAACCCCAAAGAGGCCGAGAGCGCCGAACAGGAGGAGGGGCAGGCAUGGAGGAAGAGAGAGGCGCUACGCUACACUCUGCCCAAUGUACCGCCAUGCCCGAGGUCCUCCCCGGUCCACAAGACCCAGCCCUGGUUCCAUGGGGGCAUCGGCCGAAGUGAAGCCCACAGGGUGAUUGAGGAACAGGGGCAGGUGGACGGAAUGUUCCUGAUCCGUGAGAGCCGCCAGCAUGGCCAGUGUUACGUGCUGUCCCUGAGCCACCAGCUGAAGACCAAGCAUUACCUCGUCGUCCCUUAUGAGGAGUCUGACAAGAAGUACUACACUAUGGACGACGGCGAGACCAUCUUCAUCGACCUCCUGCAGCUUGUGGAGUUCUAUCAGAUCAACCGCGGCAUUCUGCCCGUACGCCUCCAACACCCCUGCGUUCGCGUCGCACUGUAACACACACACAUAUAUACUCACACACACACUGUGGCGUCCUACCUGUACACCUCAAGCACCCAUGCCUUCACGUCGCCCUCUGAGGCACGCACGCGCACACACACAAACACAAACACACACACACACACACACACACACACACACACACACACUGUGGCGUCCUGCUUGUCAGUCUGAAACACCCCCUGUGUUUAUGUUGCACUCUAAGAGUGCACACACACACACGCACACGCACACACCCUGUCAUUGUGUAUCACCGUGACACUUUGACAUAAAAUGCAGUUGGUUCUUGAGUGUCAAACAGACUUUUUUCAUACUCUUAACCAUCGGCUCACACACACGCACAUCCCUCUAUUUAACCUCCAAAAGCAUCUCUCAAGGCCAAUGCCAUAGAGUGAGGACCAAACAAAUGUUUUAAAUGCAAGUCACCUUUGCCUUACAUCCUUCUAAUGAAAAUGCUGAUAAUGUGUGUGUGCGUGUGCGUGUGCGUGUGCGUGUGCGAGUGAAUGAAAGCAAAAUGAAGAUCAACUAACUGGACUGGUGCUUGCCAUGGCUCUUUUAUUAUGAUAGUUUUCUUUCUAUUGCAACAUCAACUUCAAAUGUCAUUCCAUUACUCAAAGCCGUAACAGUACCUACUUACAGUACAGUAUGUAGCCUGCCAAAUAGGACCCAAGCCCAUGUGUUUUGGUCAGGGGGAUGCAAUUCCUUAAUCACCACCUGGUUUUAUCAAGACCACCAUCCAAUACAAUUUCAACUGGACUUAAUUCAGCAAACCGUUGAUUCCAAAACAAGAACACACUUGCUGUAUGUCCCAAAAAGUUCAAACUCUCGAGCACGGCUCAGGUUAAGGUGCUAUAGCGACUGCAGGAUUAGUUAACACUUUAGGAUCGGGCCACUGCACACUGCUUGACUUUACAUACUUAAUUUUUCUUAUGAGCAAUUUUCUUGUUAGUGUUAUUACUUUCUGUAUGUGUUGAUCCCAAUAAGAGUGCAUUAUAACUUGAGAGCAUUCUAUACAGCUCUGAUAUACAAUCGAUGAUGGUCAAGCCACAUUUACUCCCUUUUGUAGUUUACUUUUUCUGCCACCAGAGGGCAGUAGGACACAUGGCUUGAACAUGGAAUAAUAAUAUACAAGUAGUUCAGUGGACACGGAGCACAACAACCCAUGGUAGUGGUGGGCAAGAGAUGGCUAGAUAAACUUGCCUUGUAUAAGCUCUUCCGCACAAUCUGCUGUAUAAUAUGCACAUUUGCACAGCGUUUAAACUACAGAAUAGAUAUACACAUGAAUGAUAUCCAAAAAUAUAAUUGCCCAUUUAUGAUUUUUGGGUACGUUGGGUAUGUGUGUCUGUCAGAGAAAUAAAGCAUUCAUGAUGUGUAAUUAAAAAAAAAAACAACUAAGCCGAAAUGAUCAAAUGGAAGACGAUUGAUUACCUAUGCAUAAUAUUAUAAAGCUAAACAUGGAGCUGUAUGUGUGUUAAGCACUUGAAAUAUUUAUUUAAGAGCCUGAACGAAUGUGCCGUUUCCAAAAGGGAAAAAGGAUGAAGUCACAAUAUGUUUUCCCUUCCUAUUUUUUUCUUUGUUUUUCUUUUUUUUUGUUACUGCAUUAGAGUUUUCAAUACGAAUGGCCAGUAUGCAUUGAUGUAGAAUCUUGUGAACGUUAGAUCUUAAGCUUGUUAAGGCGAUGGGAGGGGUGCUUUCAAAAGAUAUGCUUCAGAAUAACAAAUAACUUCCAAAGGCAAUGGAUGUGAAAAAUAAAAGUUUUUUUGUUUCUUGUA